GCUGGCUCAUUAGGGGUUGGGGAGCGGGCUACGCGAGGCUCGAGGACCGCCUCUUGCCACCUGCAGCGCCCGGGGCCCACCGGACGCUCUCGGCCCAGUACCGGGCUCACGCGGGGCAUCUUUGCAGGUGGGAGCUGAGAGCACUUCCAAGAGCCCAAGCCAUGGUGGCCAAACAGCGGAUCCGCAUGGCUAAUGAGAAGCACAGCAAAAACAUCACCCAGAGGGGGAACGUAGCCAAAACCCUGAGACCGCAAGAAGAAAAAUACCCUGUGGGACCAUGGCUGUUGGCACUGUUUGUUUUUGUUGUCUGUGGCUCAGCUUCUUCCAAGUCAACCUCAAGAUUCAUCUCUUCUUGGAACCCCUCUGUGAUGUAUUCAACUCAUCGCGCUCUACCUACUGUUCCUUGGUUCUCCAUGUCCAUUACACUGUAAUAUUGCUCAGGUAGUCCAUGUCUGUGUACCAGUUAAAGAAACAGACUGAGAAAUGCACGUCUGAGAGGUAACUGAAAUUUGUCCUCACUCUCUUAUAACAGUUCCGAGUAGUUCUGGGUUGGGGAGUAAGGAGACAAGAAAGUGGCUCUGCUCCACUCAGUCAUUUGGGGGCACAGGCUGGUAAGGCUGUGCCAUCUUCAACAUGGAGCUUACAAAGUGGUAGUAGAGUUGUUGCCAACCUGUUGGCUGAUGGUGAGGGAGCAUCGAGGAUUGCCCACAGGAAGUUUUUAUGAAUCAGGAAGUGACAAAACAGCAUGUGUGCCCACGCUCCCUUGGCUUUAAUCAUAUGGGCUCACUCAGCUUCAAGGGAGUAUGGGAACUGCCAUCUGUGCACCCAGGAAGGGGACAUUUUUUUGGUAAACUCCUACCAGUCUCUGGCAUGGCCCUCCCUUUGGAUUCAAAUAUAUAUGUAUUUUUUAUCUUCCUGCCCUCGCAGAACACAUUCAUCCUCCUCACAGGCAGCAGCCAAAAGUCCCAUCCAGCUACUACAUCCAACUCAAACUCCAAGAUUGCUAGAUGAGGCAUUGAGUUUGAGUGUGGCUCCUGAAGUUCUGGAAUUAAGACAAAUUUAUCUUCCCUUCCAAUGACAAUCACAAUGGUGGAGACUUGGCAUGACAACUAUAAUAAAACUCCCAUUGGCAGCAUGUGGGACACAGUAGGCCCCAGCCCUCAGCAGUUAUGAAAUCCUGUUGUGGUCAGGCACUGAGGAGACCCCUUUGCCCUAGCAGUGGGAGCUCCCUUACAUUCUGAUUCUGGUCUCUGGGAAGAAAUCCCUGGCUCAUUAUUCUCUAAAACACCAAGCCCCUAGUUCUGGGAGGUUUUCUUGUCCAGUCUCCUCCAUGCCACACAUGAAGUAUGUGGUUGGGGAGGAGGCGCGUGGGGAACACUUUCCUUGUGAGCUAUACAGCUUAAGACACUUGCUUCACCUAAUUCCAGCUCCUGCAAGUUUGGGGGCCUAUGGGGCCUUUGAAGGUUUCAACAUGUUAUUGAAGUCUGACCCAGCUUGUUUUCCUUGGCAAUAGAAGUCCCUCAAACACUUAGAAAGCUUCUCCCUGUUUUUAUCCCAUUAAUUCAAUGUGUCAGAAGCAAGACCUAAAAUAUUUUUCUGGACAUGAUUGUGUUGUUUUCGUACUUUGUCCUGACUAUUCCAUCAGGUAAACAGCAAGCACCUGGAAUUCAUCUGAAACCAAAGGCACAUAUGGGGAGUCCAUACUUUUAUCCCAUCUUUGCUGAAGAGUGAAUUGAAGUACCUCAUCUAAAUGAAAAGUCUAAUUGGCGUUUCCUCCUUAUUUCAACCUCCUAGGGAUCUAGACACAGUGAGUGUUUCCAAUUCCCGAUAGCCCCACAUUUAUGCACUUUUAUCCCCUUUCCUUUCUCCUGAGCUCAAUUUUUUUUCUUGAAAGUCUUUGCCAAACACAAUAAAGAGCCAGAGGUCACUAACUUUCUGGCUCCUCACAGCCACAUGGGCACUCUCCUAAGCUACCACAGGCAAGAGUUUUAAAAAAAUGUUUCACCAGUUCACAUUAUGGGUCCCAACCUCUUGAGACCCAUACUUUCAUUAUCACCCCCCACCGCAUAGUCAGCGCCACACAUUUUAGUUUUUUUUGACAGCAGCACCUGAACUCAGGGUACUUGUUUUCAUUAGUUCAGGUUAGCCACUAAAACAAGCAGAUUUAAAAUGCCUAAUGGCUGACAUACCCUUGCUCAUGUGACUGUGCUGGCUGGUUCCAGGUUGGUAGGGGAGGACACCCCGUAGUUAUUCAGGGACCCAGGCGGACAGAGGCUCUGUCACCUUCAAGGAUACCAGGUCAUCUCCAUCGGGUCAGUGUUAGGGGAAGGAGCACAGGAGAUCCCCCAAAACGGUUUUCUUAGGGCCAAGUCUGAAAGUGUUUGGUCACUUCAGCUCUUAAUUCAUUGAUUAAAAGUGGUGGUCACAGCUAACUUCAAGGGGCUAGGAGAUGUGAUUUAGCUGUAUGUCCAGCUAAACGAGAAAAUGAGAUCUAGGGUGACCAACUUGUGCUAGUUUGCCUGGGACUUUCCUGAUUUUAGCAUGGAAAGUUCCACUUCCCAGGAACACCCUCUGUCCCAGGCAAACCAGUGCUGUUGGUCAUGGUCAUCAUCACAUCCACUCUCUCCUUAAGGAGAGAAACUAAGUCUUUUCUUUUCUUGGUCUGCUAGUCUGCAGUGACUACACACCACUACUGGGGCAAUGACUGGAAUGUACUUGACACAAUAGGGCAGAUUACUUUCAUUGAAAUAUGUUAUUCCUGGAAAGUUAGGGCAUGUGUUAUAGAACCUUGUAGCACACACAUCUGUCUUUCUCCCUAAAUGAGUUAGCUGUAAAAUGUAAUGAAGGAGUUUAUAUCCCCAAGAGUAAAUGCUAUCAAUUUAACAAGAAUUCUUAAAAGAACUCCCAGAAAGAUUUUUGCUAAGGGUUCAUUUGAGAAGGAAUAAUGAAGAAAUUAUUCAGUUACUAUAUUACAUAAGGCAAAUUUCACCAGAAAACAAAACACCUCAUUUAUCUCGAAGACAACUCCUUGGGCUGUCCCUGAGGGCAGAGGCUGUGUGCCUUGUUCACUGCACUGUCUCUGAUGCAGGGAAGGUGCUCGGUAAAUGGUCUCUGAAUAAAGUAACACACAGCUUACCCAACAGCCUGUGCCCAGGUUCAAUAAUCAAAAAGGUUGUUUUGUGCUGAAGGAUGAGCAGCCAUUUAGAACUAGAGACUAGCUCUCAAGACAGGUAUAGAAGGUAGGGAGUGGAAACUUAAAGCUUGUGGGCCACAUCAGCACUUAGUAAGUGUACUUUUGUUUGGUCUGCACAGUGCCCAAAAAUCAGAAAUUUUCAGAAAGAGCUUAGAUCUUAAAAACUGGAAGACCUGGGGACACAGUGCUUGAAUCCCCACACAGCAACAAUUGAAUGGAGCUAAGCAGCACCUGGUCCCCUGAUCUGUGGAUGGAGCACACACUCCCCAGCUGUCGUUCAUCCCACUCCUGAGGUCCUACCCUCCCUUCACUCAAGAACUUCUGUCACGCCCCACAGACAUGUUUCCAAAACACCUGGAUUGAAGUACAGACUUAUAUUGUAAUAUUGUCGUAAUUUUGUCCAUUUUAAAAUGGCCACUGAACCUUCCAAUAGUUGUUGAUAAAGCCUGAUUAUUCAUCCCGGUGACUUAGGGCCUGCCUGGUGGUCAUUUCACGGCUGUUUUACACAGCGCUUUUCUCUAUAAGAAAUCAGUAAUUUAAGAUUUCAUAUAUAUAAAAUUUAUAUAUACUUAUAUAUAAUGUUAGAUAUACAUAUAUAUGUACUCCACCUGUAAUUGUGCAUAUACCUCUACUAAUAUGAUUUUCAAACAUGAACAAUUCUCAAUGAAUCUCUUCUUCAACCACAUAAAUGAAACCGCUGCCUUUAGGUAUUAUUAUUUAAGUUGAUUUUAAAGAAGGGGAGGGAGCAGGGCGAGAGAAAGAGAGAUACAGUAAUUUGUUGUUCCACUUUUUUAUGCAUUCAUUGGUUGCUUGUUGUAUGUGCUUUGAUCAGGGAUUGAACCUGUAACCUUGGUGUAUCAGGAUGACUCUCUAAC